CAUAGAUAAUCCUGGGAACGGACGUAUAAACAACUAGUGCAGUGAGUUCCGGAUUCAGAUAUUGCCAUAAUGUCGGUUUGCUUCGAACAGUUCAACACUCGACUCUUAUUGAAGCGCUUUUCCAUCAUUAUUCUGAUAUUCCUAGGAUUUUUUCAUUCAUCAACAGCACAACAGAGUGACGAAUGGUCGCGUCCGGAAGAAUGCAUACGAACUUGUAAAAGCGACCAACCGCCUAAAACUUGUUACUACCACUUCAGACUCGAAUAUUAUACAUCUUAUGGCAGAGCUUGUGAACUAUGUUCAUCUAACGUAACAAAUCAACUUACCUCUAUACCUUGGUGUCAAUGUGUAGAAGGUGAUGGAAUUGAGAAAACAAUAUUUUCCAUUAAUAGGAUGCUUCCUGGCCCAAGUAUCCAGGUUUGUCUACAUGACAAUAUCAUCAUCGACGUUGAAAACGACAUCGAAGGCGUUGAAGUUACUCUGCAUUGGCACGGACUUUUUCAAAAUGGCUUCCAAUACUAUGACGGUGUACCCCAAUUAACGCAGUGCCCAAUAACUUCCCGUACGACAUUCAGGUACCAAUUCACCGCACAAAAUGCAGGUACUCACUUUUAUCACUCCCAUGUGGCGGUGCAUAAAAUCGAUGGGCAGUACGGAAGUUUAAUCAUACGAGAACCAGUAAGCGAAGAUCCACAUGGCUCUUUAUUCGACUUUGAUCUUCCGACACACGUCAUUGUCUUGAGCGAUUAUAUGCAUUAUUUGUCAAUGGAAAAGCUUCCCGGACUGUUUCGUAAUCCUCAAUUUCGAGGACAAUCUCCUGACGACAUAUUGAUCAAUGGUCGUGGAAGGUUCAUGGAUCCAAACACAAAUACUACGACCACAACUCCAGUAGAAGUAUUCCAAGUAAAACCUGGAAAAAGGUAUCGAUUCCGAGUUAUCAACUCCUUCAGUACAGUUUGUUUAGCGGAGUUUGCAGUCGAAGGGCACACUUUGCAAUUAAUUGCUCAAGACGGAGAAAAUGUUGAGCCGCGGCUUGUAAAUACUAUAAUCACAGGAUCUGGUGAACGGGUUGACUUCAUCCUAACUGCCAAUCAAACUACUACAGCCUACUGGAUUCAAGUACGUGGACUCGGUGAAUGCCAAGAAAAACGUGUUGGUCAACUUGCGAUUUUGACAUACUCAGCAAAUGUCCAAAUGCCAAAUAGUCCACCGCCGGGAUAUUUUCAAGGCUUAUCUCAAGGCAUACUGUAUAACCCAUUAGAUAGUGAAUGUAACACGGAACAACAAGGUUCCAUCUGCUAUAAUCAAUUACGUGCUGCAAAUGAAGUAGAUAAGGAAUAUUAUAAAGUGGAACCGGAUUAUCGAUUCGCUUUACCAUUUGCUAUUUAUUCUUAUAAUUCAACUCAAAAUACUUUCUUCCGAGGCAAUAAUUACAAGCAAUUCUUCGUUGCUGUUUCUAACGAUAUUGUUACAUCUACAGUUGACGGUAUCAGUUAUCAAUCACCUCCUGGGCCCCCUAUUUCUCAACAUGUUCAAACGCCGAUUUGUAAUCGCAACAAGUUACCUGAAAAUUGUUCAGAUCCGUGUAAUUGCUUUCAUGUACUUCCCGUAAAGUUAAACUCUAUGGUCGAGGUGAUUAUUUAUGACCAAGAUCCACAGCCUGACUUGUAUCAUCCAUUUCAUCUUCAUGGAUACGCGUUUAAAGUCUUCGAUGUUGGUCGCUUUACGGAUGGCAGAAAAAUUAGUAAAAAUGACAUCAACAGCGUAAUACAGCGACAUGUAAAAAAACUAAAAUCCAACGGAUAUCAUCGGCCUUCUGGAAAAGAUACAGUUGUGGUUCCUAAUGGUGGCUGGGUCAUCUUUCGAUUUAAGGCUGAUAAUCCAGGAUGGUGGUUUUAUCAUUGUCAUUUCACAUGGCAUACGGCCGUUGGUAUGGACUUGGCAUUUCAAGUAGGUGAAGCACAUGAUCUUCCUCCAGUCCCAAGAGGGUUUCCAAGAUGUAACAAUUUCCAGCCACCACCUAUGUUUGGUUCUGAUUAUUAAAAUACAAAUACAAAUAUAAUAAAAAUUCAACAUAGAAUAA